AUGGCUGGGACCAUCUCAGUCCAGAAGCAGGCUAAGCCUCCCUUAGCCCUCAAUGCAGACUUAAAAUGCUGUAAAGUCAAAGCUUUAGAGGAGGAGGAGGAGGAGGAGAAACCUGGGGCCAGCUUCAUGGUGUGUAACAGGCGACAAGGAGCAGAUGUCACGGUGAGAAAGCAUCCUCACCAGAAGCAGCCCGCAACGCCUCCUGCUUUGCUGAUGCAGCGUCUGCUGCACUCCCCUGAGCAAACAUACCGAACUCCAAAAGUGAAAGAGGAACUCAAUGCAAAAGCAACUGCAGUGUGCCUGGGUGGCACCUGGCAGUCAGGGGAAGACCCAACAAGGAAACUCACCCGCCGCGCUGCGGCUUCGCGGCCAGCAGGGCUGGGACAUACUCGCCGCCCGCUUCCGCACCGGGGACAGCUCCUGCCUCUCCAACUCCCGCAGCUCUUCCCGACGUCUUGCCGCGGACUGUGCCUCACAGGCUGCGGGAGGGGAGAGUGUCUCCCCACGCCGGGGUCCCGGCCUCUGGGUUUUAGGGAGCGCGAAUGGGUCUCCGAGAGCAUCGGGAGCAGCAGGUGGCGCCUCAGGCUGCGGUGGCCACGAGACCGACUGCACUACGGCGUUGCGGGACCGCGCCAGCGCGGAGGAGACCGAGCCCAUCUCAGCAGGCCGGGCCGGACCCAGGCCUCUGACCUCAUCCACCAAGAACCUGCCAGAGUUCCUUCCGGAGUCCCACCAACAGGUGCUCAGCAGAAUCUGCACCGAGGAGCAUUGGAAAGAUCUGACCCACCUGCCAACAUCCUACCAGAACCCGAAAGUCACCAAUUGGGAUUUAUGUCUUUGGAUCCUGAAGUUUUAACCAUUGACAAUGUUGAAUUUUACCUGAGCCCUGUGCUUCUGGAAAAGAGGGAAGGUCAAGCCAUCCCCCACUGUCUUAAUCAAUUCAGGCUGCUAUAGCAAAAAAUAUCGCAGCCUGGGUGGCUUAAACAGCAAACAUUUAUUUCUCACAGUUCUGGAGGCUGGAGGUCUGAGAUCAGGGUGCCAGCAUGACUGGGUUCUGUUGAGGAACCUCUUCCUGGUUACAUCUUCACAUGGCCUUUCCCUGGUGGGUGCACCCAGGAAAAGAGAUCUCAUGUCUUCUUCUCUUUUUAUAAGAGCACUAAUCCCAUCAUGGGGGCUCUAACCUGGUCCCACCUCCAAAUACCAUUACUUUGGGGAUUAAUAUUUCAACAUAUGAAUGAGGGGGAGGGCACAAACAUCCUUUUGUGUUGUGGAAAAUGGUUUACCACAAAAAACCACCCUUCCCCAUAUGACUAAGAAAAGACUCACAGAUGCCUCCUUGCUUAUCUAUGACAAGGCUAGACACAGACCUUUCAAAUUCCAAUUUUUUGCUUCAUAAACAAACUGUUAUGAACUGUCAUGAAGGACAUAGGACAAAAUAAGAAGUUAACCAAACUUGGCUGAAUGUGGUGGCUCACACCUGUAAUCCCAGCACUUUGGGAGGAUGAGACGGAUGGAUUACUUGAGGUCAGGAGUUCAAGAGCAGCCUGGCCAACACAGCGA